CCCGGCUGUCGGGGGAUCCCCGGUGCCGAGCGGCCCCGCCGCUGAGCCGCCUCUCCGCACCCUGACGGCCCCGGCCUGGUCCCGUCAUGGACGAUUUGAUCCUCAACGUGGACUUCGCCGCCCCCGAGCGCCGCCUGAAGAAGGAGCCGGGGAACCGAAAGCACCGGAGCUUCGUGCGGCGGCGGCGAGAGCUGGAGCGCCGGGGGGUCCUGCGGCAAAAGCAGCUCCCGGCGGCACCGGGCGGACCCCGGCGGGUCCGGGGACGGGGAUCGGGGAGGAGCGGGGACGGCCCGGGGAAGCCGCGCUCGGGCCAGCCCAGGUCGUGCCCCAAAGAGAACGGCCCCGCCGCGACCAGUGCUGCCGCUAAGACCAAAGGGAAGGGUCCCGGGGCGGCUCGGGGCUCCGCCAACGCUGUGGGAGCACCCCCGGCAUCCCAGAACGGCUCCGCUAGAACUGGUGCUCCCGCUAAAACCAAGGGGAAGGGUCGGGGGGCGGCUCGGGGCUCCGCCAACGCUGUGGGAGCACCCCCGGCAUCCCAGAACGGCUCCGCUGGAACUGGUGCUCCCGCUAAAACCAAGGGGAAGGGUCGGGGGGCGGCCCGGGGCGCACCCGAGAGCGGCGGUGCCCCCCCGGCGCCCACCAAGUUCGUGGCCAUGGACUGUGAGAUGGUGGGCACGGGGCCCGGCGGGCGGACGAGCUCCCUGGCCCGGUGCAGCAUCGUCACCUACGAGGGUGACAUCGUGUACGAUCAGUACGUGCGGCCCGAGGCGCCCAUCGUGGAUUACCGGACCCGCUGGAGCGGGAUCCGCCGGCAGCACAUGGACAAAGCCGUGCCCUUCCGCAGGGCGCAGCAGCAGGUGCUGCGGAUCCUUGCCGGGAAGGUGGUGGUUGGCCACGCCAUCCACAACGACUUCAAGGCGCUCCAGUACUCCCACCCCAAGGCUCUCACCCGGGACACGUCCCUGAUCCCCCUGCUGAACCGCCGUGGUGGCUUCCCAGAGAAUGUGACCAUCUCCCUGAAGCGCCUCACCAAAGCAUUGCUGAACCAGGACAUCCAGGUCGGGAAGCAUGGCCACUCCUCGGUGGAGGACGCCCGAGCCACCAUGGAACUCUACAAGGUGGUGGAGGAGGAGUGGGAGCAGCACCUGCUGCAGAACCCGGAGCAGAAGUGACACCCCUGGGGGGGCUCAGAGUGACACCCUCAGCUCAGUCCUGCCUCUGGGGGACCCACAGUGAUGCCCCCAGGCCUGGUGCUGCCUCUCGGGGGUCCUGUGAGUGCUGAGGGGCUGCUCCCGUCCGUGGAUGAUGAGGAGCCAGGUGUGACGUCCCUCGUCCCCCAGCCUGACGUGCCUUGUUGUGCCACUGCUGUUCUGCCCUGUUCUCCCCAGCGUGUGGGGAGGGCCUGGGACGGUGCCUUCCCCAAGAGGGGUCCUGCACCCCCUGAACAUUUCGGGGCUGCUGCUGGUCCUGAUCUGGGAGUGACCUUGGGGCGUCCUGAGCACAGCCCCCAUCGCUGGGGCUUUGGGAAUGGAGCGGGCUCCUUCCUCUUCCCAAAACUACCUCUGUCAGCGCCGGGAGCUGCCGAAGUGCCCCGGGACGCGGUGUAGGAGCGGGUGGGGCUCAGAUCCCUCUGGAAAGUCCCCAUUCCUCUCUGGGAGCUUGUCCCGUGGUGAAGUUCCACCUUCCUCGCUGUGCAAGGGGCGGGACAAACCCGGGAAUGGGGAGCAGCGUCGCGCCAUCCGCCUGCCCCAGACCCCGUGGUGCCCCGGGGACGACCCCGACACCCCCGUCGAGUCCCCCCCGCGCUGGCCCGGGGACACCCCCGGCGCCGGAGGGUGGUCGUACCCUGAAGGCGCCCGAGCCCGACGGGAACUGCUUUGAACGGAAAGGUUUAUGCUCGAAAUCCUAAUUAAAAAGAAAUUAUUAAAGAGCCCUUCCCUUUGGUGGGAGUGGGGAGGAGCCCCGGGGGCGCUGCCGUCAGCCGGCACCCUCCGACAUCUGCGUCCCGCAUCUU